AAAGCAAAGAAGAAUAAAUCAGUAUUUCAGUUUAUUUUAAUUUGGCUGUUACGAUUACGCGAUGGACGAACCGAUCGUCCAUCAAUUGGUAUCAGAGCCUGGUUCGACGGAACCGAGCUCUUACCAGCUCCCAGGGAAGACAUCGUCGACGUUCAACCACCAACGUCGGGAAGAGGUCCUGCGCGCAACCACGAUCCGCAACGACAAGGUGGAUGGAUCGCCUACCAAGGUGCCACCAACGAAGAAGCUAACCGUAGCUUCGUCAUUCAAGAUCCACGAACCGCCUGACGCCGAGAUCUCGGUCACGGGUCUUACGGGAGUUUACAAUGUUGCCAUCAUUCACCUUGACGCCACCAUCCAUAAAAAACCUAUGACUGCCCUAGCCGGUAGAUCUUCGACCCUCAAUUUCAUCAAUACCGACAUUGCUAAGGGUUUAGGCUUGCAAGCUAAACCAAUCUCUUUGUUCAAGGUCAAGAUACGGACUGGGGAAAUCUUAGUAUGUGAUCGAUUUUACAAGGCCGUCCUGAUUGACAUACAAGGGGUACAGUUCGAUGUGGACUUGUAUGAAUUGCCAGAUUGCGGAACUGAAGUCGUCCUCGAUGUGCAGUGGUUCCGGCCAAUGUAGUUAAAAGCUAUAGUUUAAGCCUAAAAGCUUACGCUUUUAAGUUCUUACCUCCUCCAAUAUAGUAUUUUUCUUUGAAAAAUCUUUUGGCAUCAUAAGCUUAAUAUAAACUCUUCAAAACCACAAUAUGUGCAUAAAAAUCCUUAAAAGCUAGCUUUUAGGACGCUUAUAAGAGCUUUUAACGAUAAUGUUUAUGGAGCGAUUUGGCAUGUCAUGGGAUGGUCAAAUGAUUUUUUAUAGAUGAAAAAACUAAAGUGAUCAUGCCGCUGGCUUCAAAGUGAUUCUUUUAACAUGAAUGAGGAUUGAUGUAUUUAUGAGGAGCAUGAUGUUAGUGACAAUAACAACUAUGACGAUGGCGGUAAUUAAGAUGAUAUGAUUUGGAUGGAAAUGUGGACGUUGCUGCCCAAAUGUAGCAUAAAUCAUGAUAAAUUUUUUUGGAGGGCUUGUGAUGUCCAUAAUAUGAAUAUUUCUGAGUUAUGAUUCAUAUUAGCGUAUGAUUCAACUCUUUUUCUAUGUUUAUGAACCUGUUCUGAGUUAGAAUGUACUCUAGUUCAAAAUCUUUUCCAAUUUUCUGUGUGUGCAUCCUAUUAGUCUUUUAAGUUGAUUUUUCACAAUUUCAAUGGUUCAUAUAAACUUACGUUCUUACG